AUGAAGUUCCACCUCCUCCUCGUCUUCCUCGCGGCACUCCUCCCAAUCGCCAAUGCCUGCCUCUCCAUCGCGGUCGAAUGGAACCCCGACACCGGUAGAGUGCAAGGUAUGGCCAGAGACAACGGCGUGGUCCGCUGCACCAUGGACCAACGCAAGUACGAGAAGCAGCUCUGGUUCGACUGCCAGCCCGGCUUCGCCGCCUACAUCACCCGCGACUUCAAGCUCUUUGCCUGGCACGCCCACGAUGCGGACUACCGUAUCGACGCCUACCACGGUGUCGAUCUCGCUGGUAUUGAGCUUCGCUGGGCCAAUUCCUUUGGCUGCACUUGUGGCGGCUGGAAGUGUCUGUACAACAAGGCGGACGACAAGAGUGAUAGUUAG